AGCCCCGCGUGUGGGUGCAAUGGGAGACCCCUCAUUCUGACCACGGCUACAAGUAUACCUAGCUCUCCUUGUGUCCGUUGAAAGGAGUCAUCGCUUUCCAGUUUCCAGACGACGAACACAUUGUCAAAGUUCCACAUCUCCGUACCCACCUGCGUUACAAUGUCUUCCUAUCCAAAAGCCUCGACCGCCGUACAGCAGGCACUUGAUGCAUGCACAUCGGAUCCAAAGAAAGGGGUUUCUGGACUAGUGUUUGCCUCCAUCAACAAGAAGGGCGAGAUCAUUCAGACUAAUGCUUCUGGGAAGAGAGGCGUCAACACGAAUAAAGCCAUGGAUGUUGACACAAUAUUUUGUAUUUUCAGCUGUACGAAGUUACUGACUACUAUCGUCUGUCUGCAGCUUGUAGAGCAAGGAAAGCUGAGCUUGGAUGACCACAAGAGCUUGUAUAAGCUUUGUCCAGAGCUGGAGAAAGUACAGGUUCUUCAAGAUGACCUCACGCUUAGACCGAAGCAGCACGAUAUCACGCUUCGCAUGCUCCUCACACACACUGCCGGCUUUGGCUACGAGUUCUUCAACGAGAAACUUCGAGACUACGCCCGCCCAGCUGGUUACGAUGUCUUCCAUGGCGACGCAUGGGAGAUCCUGCAGAUGCCACUCGUCAACGAGCCUGGUACGAAGUGGGAGUACGGCAUUAACAUCGAUUGGGCAGGCCUCGCCGCCGAACGUGCUGGUGGUAAGAAAUUGAAUGAGCUCAUGCAAGAUGGUAUCUGCAAGCCACUCGGCCUCACGAACACCACUAUGUUUCCUUCAACUGAAAUGAAAGCCCAGCUCGCCGCUAUGCACCAGAAAUACCCUGACGGGAAACUCGUCGAGCGCGACCACCUCCUCCGCCGUUCCCUCUUUUCAACCACUCCAGAGGAGCAGGAUCGUAUCUUCAACAGCGGUGGCGCGGGCUGUUUCUCCAAACCCACAGAAUAUAUCCCCGCCCUCCUCAACGAUGGCACAUCCCCGAGCACCGGCUACCCUAUCCUGUCAUCCAAAACUGUGGAUGAGAUGUUUAAAAAUCAAAUCCCACAAUUCCCUAACUUUGGCCACGACGGUCUGCCUGGCGCUAAACCCGACAUGACGAACCCGAUCCCAGACAUGUAUCCUCAGGACGGAAAUCCGCCGCAAGGAUGGGGUUUGAGUUUCUUCAUGACGAUUGAACCAGGUGUUACCGGUAGGGGAAGAAAUACAGGAUGGUGGGCCGGAAUUAGUAAUUUGUUCUACUGGGUGGACAGGGAGAAAGGUGUGGCAGGCAUGAUUGCGAGUCAGAUCAUGCCAUUUGGGGAUAUGAGUGUUUUGGGCACAUGGUUUGGGUGCGAGAAAGCGAUCUAUGACAACAUUUGACUGUAGUUUCAAGGGAGAUUGAGUAAAUAUGU